GAUCAACCACUCAGGCAGGUAUUGAAAUGAGUUCGUUUUAUGCGCUAUUAUAUCACUCCUGUGAGAGCGCGCGCAAUGCAUUCAUUCAACAUAUGCAAUGGCGGCCAUUCCGUUCUGAGGAGAGAUAAAUCUGUACUCCACCAAUCAGUGGCAAAUAUUUUUCAAGGAAGCUGGUAGAAAGUGAAUAGCAUCCACGAUGGCAUCGCGAUUCUUUGCAGGAGGAUCAUCGACGGAAAGUGAUUCGGAAUCCAGUGACGACGGGAUCCUAGUCCCACAGAAGCAGGCCCCCUUGACUCGUUUCUUUCUGAGUGACGAUGAAGAGGAGACCAAGCGUGUUGUGCGCAGUGCAAAGUCAAAAAGACAUGACGAGAUAUCGGAGUUCAUCAAACAGAUCAAAAAUCAGAAGAAGAUACGAGAUGUCUCCCGGGUCCUGACCAGUUUUGAGGAGAUGAUGAAAGUGUAUACCAAGGCUCAGAAUGUGCUCAACACCGACGAUGGCCAGUGCCCUCGGUUCUACAUCCGUUGUCUUGUGGAACUGGAGGAAUUCGUCAAUGAAUUAUGGGAAGACAAGAAGAAGCUGAACAAGGCCAAUGCCAAGUCGCUCUCCUCGUUGAGACAGAAGCUCCGGAAAUACAUGAAGGAGCUCGACGCACAGAUUACUAAAUACAAAGAUAACCCAGAUGCAGAAGACAAGGAAGAGGAGGAGCGCGAAGUGGAGAAGAAAGAUGAAGAGAGCGAUAGUGAAGAGGAUGAACCUAAAUCUGCUCCUGUCAUGAAGAAGGUCGCACCUCCAAAGGUCAAACAAGAAGGAGAUUAUGAUGAUGAGUCUGAUGAUAGUUGGGAUGCAUCCAUGUCGGAGGAUUCUACCUCUGAUGACGACGUACCAGGAAUGACGACCCUCACAGCGGAGUACUUCUUGAAGAAGACGACGACUGGUGAUGACAAAGCCUCCAAGAAGAAGGAGCGUCGCAAGGACAGAGUGCGACCGAAAGAUGAGGAAGCUUUGGAGGAGGAAGAAGAAAAUGAAGACGGAGAAGGCAAAUGGGAAAAGGUCAAAGGUGGCAUCAAACUUGAGAAGGAGAAGCCCAAAAUGUUUGCCAAGGAUGUGGAGAUUACCCCUACCGUUGUCCUGAAGAAACUCGGCGAGAUCGUCGGCGCUCGAGGUAAGAGGGCGACCAAUCGUGCAGACCAGAUUGAGCUGCUGAAGGAGCUGAGGAACAUUGCCAGUCAGCACAACCUCGGACUGGGCGUCGACCUGAAGGUAGCCUUCCACGUCAUGUCGGCCGUCUUUGAUUACAAUCCUAACGUGGCCACGUGCAUGAAGCCUGCCAUCUGGGAAAUGUGCUUGGCUCUUAUGCAGGAGAUGCUUGAUAUCCUGAUGGCCAACCCAGAUGUGUUUGUCUCUGAGAACUUGAAUGAAGAUGCUGAAAGCCUAUCAGAGCCUCCGUACAAGGUCCGAGGUUGCAUUCUGACGGUGGCUGAACGUCUAGACGAGGAAUUCACCAAGAUGCUUCAAGCAACGGAUGCCCACUCUACAGAAUAUGUGGAAAGGUUGAAGGAUGAGACUAUUGUGACAGGCCUCAUCGUGCAACUGCAGUCCCAUCUUGAGAAUACGAGUACAUCCUCCGAGAUCUGCAGGGUUUACCUGAGGAACAUCCAACAUAUCUACUACAAGUACGACUAUGAGAAGCUACGUGAACUGGAGAAGUCGCGUGCCAAGACGGAAGAAGAGAGCCAGGAAAAGACGGAUGAGAGCAAGGAAAAGACAGAUGAGAUCCAAGAAAAGACGGAGGGAGAGGGCCAGGAAAAGACGGAUGAAAGCCAAGAAAAGACGAAAGGAGAGAGUCAGGAAAAGACAGAUGAGAGUGAGGGAGAAAAGAAGAAGGAAGAAGAGAAACCAACAGAAGAGGUCAAACUAGAAGAAGGAGAAGAAGAGAAAGAGAAGGGAAAGGGAGAAGAGGAUUCUCUGACCUUGAUGGACAGGAUGUGCAAGUACAUCUACUCCAAGGACACCACCGAUCUGAUCCGUACCAGGACGAUGCUGUGUCACAUCUAUCAUUAUGCUAUCCAUGACCGUUGGUACACUGCCAGAGAUCUUAUGCUCAUGUCCCAUCUGCAACAGACCAUCCAGUUCUCUGAUAUCCCCACGCAGAUUCUGUACAACCGUACCAUGGUUCAGCUCGGUCUGUGUGCAUUCCGUCAUGGUAACAUCAGGGAUGCCCACAAUGCAUUGCUUGAUAUCCAGAGCGGAGGACGAGCCAAGGAACUUCUAGCUCAGGGUCUUCUCAUGAGGCAGCAGGAGCGUGACGCACAGCAGGAGAAGAUAGAGAAGAGCCGUCAGCUGCCCUUCCACAUGCACAUCAACCUAGAGCUCUUAGAGUGUGUCUACCUGGUCUCUGCUAUGCUGCUUGAGAUCCCCUACAUGGCAUCCCACCACUUUGACAUCCGUCGUCGCAUGAUCAGCAAGAGUUUCCACCACCAGCUGCGUCUGAGCGAGCGCCAGACCCUGAUAGGGCCCCCUGAGAGCAUGCGUGAGCACGUGGUGGCGGCCUCCAGGGCCAUGCGCUACGGUGACUGGCGAGGCUGCAAGAAGUUCCUCAUCAACGAGAAGAUGAACAUGAAGGUCUGGAACCUGUUCAAGGACUCUGACCACGUCAGGAAACUCAUCACCAGGAAGAUACAGGAGGAGAGCUUGAGGACCUACCUCUUCACCUACGGCAGUGUGUAUGAUGCCUUGAGCUUGAUUACUCUGUCUGACAUGUUUGAGUUGGAGAAGACAGCAGUACACAGCAUCGUCAGCAAGAUGAUCAUCAAUGAAGAACUCAUGGCCUCAUGGGAUGAGCCAGCUGCUACCAUCGUGAUGCACCGCUGUGAACCAACCCGUCUCCAGCACCUCUCGCUCCGUCUAGCCGACAAGGUCUCCAACCUGGUCGAGAACAACGAGCGUCUCAUCGACGCCCGCAUGGGCGACAACCGCUUCAAGGGUCGCGACUUCAACAAGGACGGCAACCGACGAGAAGGCGGCUACAAGGAUGGUGGCCGCGGUGGCUACAGGGGAGGAGGCAGGGACAACCGCUACCACGGAGACAAUCAGGGAGGCAACCGCUACCGAGACGGAGGUGGUAGGAGGGGCGGUUACAACCGAGACGGCGGCGGCGGUAGGAGGGGCGGCUAUAACAGAGACGGUGGUGGAAGAGACAACUACAACCGGGAUGGCCAGAGCGGUGGAUACAGGGGUGGAUACCGGGGCGGAUACAACCGCGGAGGUGGAUAUCAAGAUCGAGGAGGUCGAGGAAGAAAUCGUGACCAGGGGCGGAACUACUAGGCAAGCUUCAUGACGUCUGUCAGUAACAGGAUCUUCUAAAUCUCCUGUGAUUCCAUCUGUCUGUAGCAUUGGAUUUCUAUUAUAUAUUUAAUAACAGAUUCCAUUUAUCUAACUAGUGAAAAUAAGAGCAUAGAUGUAUGGUGCUUAAUAUUAACACAAUUGUUAUUUCAGACAUCAUCAUCUUUCCAUCAUUAGAUAUUCAAUUGAAAGAUUUCUGUAAAAUGCUCUUGUUUGUGUUUAAGAUGGGGAUUCUAUAUUCUGUUUUAUUUUCUGAGAUUGUUACCUAUGUAUGAUGUCACCAUCAUGAAAUACAUCUAUUAAUAAAAACUAAUAAUGAAAGUGUUAGUCUGUUAUAAUGAUACAAGCCUCACACCCAAUAAAAAAAUUGCGUACUCUUAACCUUUCAUAAAGUUGUAUCGUCAGUAUAAAUCCUGUAUAUGGUUAUUUGGAACUCAACAGUUUCAGUAAUGGUAAUUCCUCGUCCCAAUGUUGGCUUGACUCUUAAUUUCACAACUUAAGGUGAACUUUAAUCCCUUCAAUUGCCAUGGUUGGCAGAGGCUAUCAAAAAACUCAAGUUUUUAAUGAUGUCUUUGUACAACGAAGGUCCACAUGUUUCUUCGAGAAACGGAACAAUUACUUCUUCCAUUAAAACUUCAGAUGUUAUAUGCUUAAGUUAUCAAUAGGAACAGGCAUUUCGAGACAAAUUUUCAAAUCAAAGUUAAUUUAUGACAAUUGUACAGAUACUUGCUCACCAAGUAGGGAUCAAUUCUUGGCUUUUCCUCUAUAUUUUAUUCCCCUAGGUUUCCUUUUUUUAGCCUGUAGUGAAAUGCAUGAAAGUUUGUCACUUACCAAGAUGUAUUUAUUGGUAAAUUUAGCUCAUUUUGGGAUUCAUUGAAAUUCUGAUCAUGUUUCAACGAUACAUUAUUAUUAUUUCCUUCUUCUUUGUCUCUCAGUCUGUUGUGGUCUCAAUUUAUUCGAAACAAAUUGAGGAGUUAAUUGAAUCUGUAUUGAAUUAAAAUAAAUUACAGAAGAGAAA